CCGUGUCUGAUACCCUUCACCACGCCGACGGCGCUCUUCUCUUCUCCUUUGUCACUCUCUGCGCUGAAUCCGUCUCCUUGUCGGAGAGCGUAGGAGGGCGAAUGGAGUCGUCCGCCGCCGCCUCCUUCGAUCACCUACUCGACAAGACGCGCCUACCGCAGCCCUCCUUCCAGCGCCUCGCCGUCGCUUCUCUCUUCAAGAAGCUCCGUUCCGCCCCUCCCCCACUCGGCCUUGCCUCCGGCCCCGCUCGCGACGCACUCUCCCGCUGCCUUAGCUCCCCCUCCGCACCCGUCGCUGACCAGGCCGUCCGCGAGCUAUGCUCCCUCGUCAAGGACGGCCUUCUCCCGGUCCCCGCCGCCCUUCUCGAGCUCCAGUCCGCCCUCGAUGGCUGCACACCCGGCUUCGCCUCGCUUUUCGUCAAGGGAAUUGGUUUCUUGGCCCGCUUCGCCUUCCGUGCAGAUCCGUCCUGGGGCCGCCGCUUCGACCCUGUUGAGCUCCACCCCUUCAUCAAGGUCCUUUCAUGUCGAACAGAAGUGCACCAGGAACUCAUUCAGCAAGUUUUGUUAUUUAUAGUGCAAAACAAGUCACUCGGAAUGGAGACAGUCUCGGGGUUCUUGAGGCCUUUUCUCUUGUUCUCAGUUCUUCGGACUUCUUCUUCUUCAUCUUUUACAAGGGAUUUGAUCUCUUCCGUGGCAUCAUUCGCCUGUUCGUUCCCAUCACAAUCUAUUGGCAUAUUGAAUCUUCUUGUUGGGUGCACACGGCACUUACCACUAGCAAAUGAGGAGGAUUUCAAGUGCCUGUUGGUUUCUUCAGAGUACUUGGUUGAUGCAUUUAUCGUGGUCUUGAAGCAGCUGAGUUGUGGCGAAACCGUAUUCCAAUCCGUUAGCGUUGAUGCCAAAGCAUGUGGUAUUGAGCUACUAGAGAAUCUGUUGUCAGUGGCUAUUGGCUGUACUAAGCCUUGGGGUGGAGUUGAAGUUCUUCUUGAAUUGGCAAAGCGUCUAUUGGUGGCCCAGAGAAACUGUGGCUUGCCAUAUCCGGCUGAGCUUGUUACAGUUAUUGUGUCUGUCUCCAUCAUUCUCACCCAGGCGGAGUUUGAACAUGAGCACUUGUCUGCUUUGAAGCUUUUAAUUUUCUUGAAUGAGUGGAAGAAAGAAAAUGAAGACAAUAGCAAAGGAAUUGCUUGUUACCAUGGUGAAGAUCUUUUGUGUAUCUUUCCUCUCAUCAACCUAUUGUCCUCUCCUUCUCAAUCUGUUAAAGCGUCGGCAUCUCACUUACUUUCAAGAGCAACCAGGCAAGUUUUAGAGUUGUCAGAUGAUCCGAGAAAAGUGCAGAUCCCUACGUCUGGAACGUCUACUUUGAGGCUAGGAUUUAUUCUUCUAAGGCUUCUGCAUCAUCUUUGGUUCCAGAAUCAUGAUGAAAAAAUUGGAUUUAUUGGGUCACAAUGUGGUGUAAUGACAAGUUGGACGUCUCAACUGAAAGAGUACCUGUCAACCGUUAGAAGGCAAAAAUAUAAUUCAAUUAUUCAAUCACCAGAAAGUUCCUCAGGAGGAUUAACUUCAUUAUUUAGCUCUGUGGCUUCGAUUUUGCUUGUACAUCCUAAACUUAGCACGUCUGCUGUUGAUUCUUUGGCUGCAAUUGGUGGAAUGGAUUAUAAACUGGGUAUGCCACUGCUGCUAACAGUUCUCUUCCACAUUAAGAUGCUAUGCAGAGACAAGUGUGACUCGCUUAAAAUGUUGCCCAGACUUCUGGAAAUGCUUCCAUCGCUCGCUACACAUUCUGUUAUGGUUCCGUUAAUUUUACAAACAGUGUUGCCAAUGCUCCACAAGAGUGCAAAUCCUGUGUUAUAUGGCACAGCUGUUCGUCUACUAUGUAAGACAUGGGUUAUCAAUGAUACGGCUUUUGGAACUUUGCAAGGACUUCUGGAUCCCCAAGCCUUUUCUCAUUUCAUGUCUCAGAGAGAAAUUUGUAUUAGCCUUGCUGCUUCACUGCGUGAUAUCUGCUGCCAUAAUCCUGACAGGGGUGUUGAUCUCAUAUUGUCUAUCUCGUCAUCUAUUGAGAGCCGUGAUCCUCUUGUGCAUGCUCUUGGAUUGGAAAGCCUUGCUCAUCUUUGUGAAGCCGAUGUAAUUGACUUUUACACAGCUUGGGAUGUUAUCUCAGAUCAUAUGCUCGAUUAUUUCAGUGACCCUAUUGUUGCUCAUGGCUUGUGCAUCUUAUUAAGGUGGGGAGCAUUGGAUGCAGAAGUUUAUUCCGAAACAUCCAGAAAUGUUAUCAAGAUAUUGUGGGAAAUUGGAACAUCUAGGUUUGCUAACUAUGAAUUUCUAUGGGUAAAAGCACGGAUAGUUGCAUUUGAGUCAUUGUCCCAUUACGAGGUUGCAAAUAUUCAGGAAGCCAUUCCUGAAUUUAAGAGAAGAAAUUUGGAGUGUCUUGUUUCUGAAGAUAAUAUGGAAUUACUCAAUGCGAUGGAGAAACUUGAAGUCAAGAUUUUGAAAUUUGAACACAUAACUCGGCGUAGGAUGCUUAGACAGAAAAGAGUUGUGGUGCACAAAGUUGAAAAGCUAUUGGAUGUCUUUCCUCAAGCAAUUUUCACUGCAGGAAAACAAAUUGGAGAGUUACCAGGUGCAGCUUUAUUAUGCCUUGUUUAUACUCCCAAGGAUUUAAAUUCUCAAGCAACAACAAAGGAUUCAGGUAAACUACAUUCUGAAUAUGAGAGAGCUCUGCUGGAAAUCGCUGAAUCACUUCAUAUAUCAAGAAACAUUUUUAUGGGAUUUCUUGCACUGCAAUCAUGGAAACAUUUCAUGCAUCGUUGGCUGAGAGCAGUGGUUCUGCUUGCUGAUGCUAAAUCAUCUUCUGCAUUUGACAAAAACAACAAGGUUGCCAAUGAUAUCUUAAAGACUCUUUGCAGAGUUGGGGCUGAGUCUAUUCCACAGAUUUCUGCAAACAUUGCCUUUGCUAUUGGUGCCCUGUGUAUGGUCUUGCCUUCAUCAGCCCAUAUGGUAAUCUCUGCUGCAUCAGAAUUUCUUUUGAAAUGGUUGCUUGAAUAUGAACAUGAACAACGACAGUGGUCUGCUGCUCUUUCUCUUGGUCUUGUAUCUACUUGCUUUGAUGCAACCGAUUGGAAGCAAAGAUUUGAGGUUGUGAAUGGACUUCUCAAGGUACUUUGUGAGAGCAAAAGCCAUCUUGUUAAGGGAGCCUGUGGUAUGGCAUUGGGUUUUGCUUGUCAAAAUCUUCUGAACACAACUGAAAUUGGUAAUGGUUCUGGUUUGGAAGGACAAAACACCAGGAUUACUGAAAUCUCAUUACUUCAGGAUAUUAUUAAUACCUUAUCUCUGAUGAUAUGCAAGCUUUGCCCUGCUGCAACUGAUUCUUUGAAAAAUCUUAAUGUUAGCUUUUCACCAAGUCAACAGUCAAUGAGUUCAAACUUGUUCCUUGGAAAUUUGUAUGACUUGGAAGAAGAUGGUUGGGGUGCUGUAGGUCUUGUACUUGGCUUGGGAAACUCUGUUAUUGCACUAUAUCGCUUUGGAGCUUAUGAUGCCAUUCUUAAGAUAAAGGAUCUGUUAGUUUCGUGGAUCUCAUAUGAUUUACAUGGACCUGGCUCAUUAGUGUCCAAUGAAUUGUCCGAGAUACCAUUAUGUAUGGGAUCAUGUCUUGCUCUUCCAACUGUUGCAGCUUUUUGCCAAAGAAAUGAAUUAGUGAACAUUGACUUUGAUUUUCUAUUUGGUAGCUAUUAUUCACUGAUUUCUGAACUUUUAAGUCUAAAGAAAUCUGGUAGCGCUUAUCAGAAUUUGCUGGUGGCUUCUUGUAUCGGUGCUGGAUCAUUUCUGUCCUGCAUAAUGAGUUUGGGGAUGCACAUGGUGAAAUUUGACAAUGUAAAGCAUCUUAUGGAAGUUCUAAGAACCACUUACACUUCCUCAUUUCCACCUCCUGUCUGUUUUGCUGGAAUGCUGGGAGUUGUUAAUGCAUUUGGUGCUGGUGCUGGGGAUCUCAUUCAAAUGUAUCCUCAAGCAACUAACUUUCAGCUCAACUGCGAGCAGGAAUCAUCAUUUGUCAGUGGUCCGAUUCUUUAUAGUCCAGUUUGUGAAACACUCUCAACCUCAAUGGUUCAAGAAAUGUUUUUGAUUGCCAAGGACUCAAAAGAUCAGCAAAUAAAAAAUUAUGCUGCAUGGGCACUUUCAUUUCUUAGAUGCCGAUGGUGGUCAAGUGAAUUUCAAGAUAUGAUUAGUUCACAAAAUAGUUCCUUGAGUUCAAACUCAUCAGCUCAAACUUUUGAUGAAGAAAGCUUAGUUUGGAAACUCUGCUUGUGGCUAAGUGAUGUCAACAAAAACAAGGCCGGGGAGGUCAUGGAUGCAAGUACUGUUGCAGCUGUCUUAAGAUGGCUUUCCAAGGCUCCUAGAUUGCCUCCUUUGGAUUGGGGAGUAAUCAUUAGACGCUGCAUGAGGUAUGAUCCACAAUUAUCUGCAGAGGCACACAAGAGAUAUUGUCUCACAUCACUUCGGGAAGAAUGUUUGAAUUUUUCUUUAGUUCAUGCAAAUCAUGUUAGCCCUUUCCUGCAAUUUGUGGAUGAACUCUCUGACCUGUCCAGAUUCAGGACACUUGAGCUAAAUUUGCAAACGUUUUUGGUUGAACAUCUCUUAAACAUAUGCAAAAUAUUCUCUGGUCGGAGGUUGGAGAAACUGUUUGUUGAUUUGGUUGAAUACUUCCGUUCUACUUCCUACUUGGCUUAUGAACCAGAAAAGAAAAGCCGAUUAAGAGUUUAUUUUUGGAAGGGCCUGCAUCAUUGCCUUACUGAGGCCCCAGAAGAACUCAGCAUUGCAUCAAAUGUGGAAAAGUGCAUGGCCUGUCUGUUAUCUUUGUUGCCUGAGCUGACCAGUGAUGGCUUUUCAGAAGAGCACAUUGAUUCUAUUGGGGAAUGGCAGGUUGCUGUAAGAUGCUUGGCUAAGGCUCGAGAAGAGUGGCUUGUGGAUAUUCUGCAGGUCUCUGUUAUUGGUCAGUUGCAUGGAGAAAGUAGUUCUUUUGUAGCGAAGAUCAUCUCCAUAAAAGCCAAGCUGGUUGGUAUGGGGCGCUUUCCUGUUUCUGAAAUGUCAGAGCUAAAAGCCCAUGUGUUGAAUGCAAGAACUGAAGGUCCAUGGUGGAGCAUGCUUGUGGAAGUCGCUGCAUCUCUAUUGACUGCUGAAGGUAGAAUCAAAAGACAAUGGCUUCUUGAUGCAUUUGAGAUCAGCUGCAUAUCAGAAUAUCCCUCUACUGCACUGCGUUUUAUAGGUCUGCUAUCAAGUAGAUGGUGUAUGUACAUGCCACUUCUGACCAUUGAACCAACUACCGUCUUGAGUGACUUGCCUGUCACCUUGCCAUCUCUUCUAUCUGACAGCUCCUGGAGCAUCAUCGCUGGACCUCUAGUGGAUAAGCUCUGGGUUUGCACCAUGCGGAUCUGCACCUGGGCAGAGCGGUUGACUAUUGCUGGUGGUUCGUCAAUGUUGGACCAAAUAGACGCUAGCGAAGCCGGCUUGUCCAUCUUCUUGGCACACGUGAUGCAUGAGACAUGCCUCUCCUUGAAGCAGUUCUUGCCAUUUGAAAAACAGCUGAAGCUUGCAACCCUUGUGGUCGCACGAGUUUGAUGGUUGCUACAUGCUGUUCCAAAACUCAUUUGUAUGCCAGCAAGCUUUCCGGUGACAACCAUAUGCUCGAGAGCCGAAAAAAGGACUCAGCUAAUACAAGCGCCGUAGAUCAUUGUUCGUCACACCAGAUUGCCGGGAAUAGUUUUUUUUUCCCUGUUUUUAAUAACGACAAUUUAUGCAUUAGAACGUGAGAGAAAGGGGUAACAAAACUCCCAACACAAUUGGACUUGGGCCUGUUGCCUGCGCUGCCUAACAUUGUAACGUAGAUGGGACGUUGUUUUGAUGGAUACAUCUGUUGAAUGGAGCACAGGGACGAGGUUUGUUAUUUUG